UAGGCCGAUUUCAGGGUUUUUACGAAGUCUUUUGGUGACAGUUCAAUUCUUCCCUUCUCAAAGCUAAGUUUAGAAGGCGAAAAUGUUUUCCAUGAUGAAGAUUUUGUCUCUUACGUUAGCUAUUUGUUGACAUCUGUUGGUGUAAAUUAGGUUUACCGAAGCCAUAGUUGACGUUUCACCAGGUGUUUACCCAAACAACAGCUAACGUUACAGGUGUUCCAACCCAUAGUGUAAAUAUGGCCUUCGCUGCUCCCAUCUUCAACGUGUCGUUUGGGGUGAACCAGACGUUCCUGACGAAGGCUCUGGAGGAGGGUCAGUACGAGCAUGCCAAGAAACUCAUCAUCGAGAACCAGACCGCAUCGUACCUGGACGAGGGCUUCUACCAACGCACACCCCUCUUCAUUGUGCUGAGUGGUUUCAACCAGUUCAACGGCAUGGCCAUUCCCAGGAACUUGGAGCUGGCGCGGCUGCUCAUAGUGCAAGGUGCCAACCCCUCACAUCGGGUGCCAAAUACCUUAGGUUCAGAGUUCUUGGGUCCAGGAGAGGCGCCGUUACAACUAGCAGUCGACUACUUCAACGAUCUAUCGGAGGUUCCGUAUCCCCGGGCAAAGGUUCUUUCAGCGACAGACGUGAUUGGUCUGAACGGAGAGGUUGGCAUGACAACAGAGGAGUGUCUGGAACAGCUGGUGACGCUAACCUGGCUGCUGCUAGGCCGUGGAGCAGACCCCAAUGUCAGAGACAGCCAAAACAAGACUCCGCUCCACAAGACCAUGGUGUCCUCGGUCGACCUCCGCAUGGCCCAGUGUCUCCUCGACAACGGGUCUGACAUAAACGCGGUGGACGGUUUCGGAGACACGCCGCUGAUCUCUGCGUGCACCGCCUUCCCGUUCGGACUGGACGAUAUGUGCGAUGACAACCCGUUGGCGGGCGUCGCCUGGAUACAGCAGGGUGUGACCAGGAGGAGUCAUGUGACCUUUCUUCUCAACCAACCAGGACUACAGGUGGACAUCCAGAACCGGCAGGACCACACGGCGCUGUUUGAGUGCAUGUCGCAGGGCGACACGACGACUGCACUGCAGCUGUUACAGCACGGAGCCAGCCCCAGCCUCGAGGGCAGGGUCAACGACCCCAGCACAGGGAUGCCUGUCUAUGUCAGCCCCCUCCUGGCCAGCCUGAUGUCCCCCCGUCUGGUGAACUGUGACUGGCAGGACAGGAGUUACCAGUUCCUCGCACAUCUCGUGGACCAGGGCUACUUCAGCACCCCGGAGAUCGCCAAUGAGCUGAUCCAGUGGCUUGGGGAAGAGUCCAUGCCAUCCUCGGACCUGACCCACCUCCAGAGCCUGGGUUCCAGGUUAGUGCACGCCGUCUUUGGCGGCACCACCAACAAACUGUCCCAGCUCUGCGCCCGGCAGAUCUUCCAAGCAGCCUUCCUCAGCCACCUCUCCUUGGACGCUUGUAGAGACGUCUUCCAAGGGACGACCGUUUUCCAUGACAAGACUUCUCAGGACUUCUGCGAAGGCUUGACGAGGAUAUCCACCGACCAGCUGCUGAAGCUGAUCAGUGACUUGCACCUUCCUCGGGACUCGCUGCAGUGUUUUGAGGUGGAGCUGUUUAAGCACAGAUUGUGUGCGAGGUUCCUGAUGUACGAGUGGUGGGAGGGACGGAGGUGUGUGUCGGAUGAUGAGGAUGAAGGAGACUCAGACCUAGAGUACUGGUAAAGUUGGGGGCAGAAAAGCUAGCCUGAAU